UUUAUACGUUAUGAAGUGAAGUUAGUUUAAAAAACGUCGAUUUUUAAAAAUAUUAAUUUAAAAUAAACGAUGUAGUGAUGAGAAACAUCGAUUUUCCAAACAUCGAAUGAACAUCGCCCACCACUAGACUUACUGCUUCGAUUCCGCGUACAGUAUAUAUUAUACUGUGUCCGUGUCGCGGCGAGUAGUUGCAUUCACUUGCAUUCACGUGGUUUGUGUUGUGUAGCAUAGAUCUGCUGAAACGUUAGAAUCAUUUAAAUAUUUUCGGCAGAAGUUUCGUAUAACAGUAACAGUUUCAGUUGUACGUGAAAUAUCGAUCGUUCAUUAUGCAAUUUCAAAUCUAUUCUUAAUCGUCUCUCUAUUCUUAACGGACGUUGUCCGUUAUUGACAUGUGAGAUUGGCCACGUGCAGACGAUUCCAAGAUCCUUCGAGACUUUCGAGAGUGCUCGGUUUCAGCGAUGCAGUUGCACGUGCAAAGCUGACACGCUGUUUGUAUACUAUCGUUCGAUUGGUUUGCCGUAGCGACCGAAACGGAGAAGCGCGCACCCUCGUUCGUCAUGAACGAAUCCGAGGAUUCGAGCAUUCUGGCCGACAUCCAGGCUUUGGACAAGGCACUGGUUCUUGAUAUCAAGGCCGAGUCACAGCAAGAGCAGGAUGAUUGCGACAACCAGUCGUCAUUUUCUGCUGACGCUUCUCCAGCCGCAGUGGACGACGAGGAUAACUAUCUUGAUGCGAAUCGGGAUAUCGACGCAGAUCAGGACUCCUUGGAUGCUUACGAGAUUAAUAGAAGAUUAAUCGUGGGCUUGACAAUUGCCAAAGAAAAGCUAACUGCUCUUUUGCAGGAAUGCGAUCACAAGAUAAAGAAACUGGAUGUGAAGAUAAAAGUACACACGAACGGGUCAAGUUCACGUAGAUGUCCGAUCAGCUCCAUCGGCAUCCCAUAUUUCAAAGAUAAAAAUAACUUUUCCGCCCCUAAGAACUAUGACACAAAAUUGAAGGAAUCUCGUGGCGAGUUGUUUCUCUUGUCUCUGAAGUCACCAGGCCGCUGGUCAGAGAAAGACAGGGACACACUCCUGAGGGCAGUACACAACCAGGCUAUCGAAUCGGUGUUACUCACAAAUUGCAACAUUGAUGACGAUGAAGAAGGAAAUGAAGAGCUUAGUGAAAGAAGUAGAAAGCCUGAUAAAAGAAAACGAAACGGUCAAGAGAUGAGAACUAAAUUUGUACUGCCCAAGAGCCUCAACGAACUGGUAGGAGCACUGGGCGAGAAGGAGUUCGACUGGUGUAAGAUCUCAGUGACAGAUUUCGAUAGUAAACAUUCACCGGAGGAGUGCCGGGCCAUGUGGAACGUUUACCUGCAUCCUCAGAUCAGGAAGAGCAACUGGACGGGUGUGGAAGAUAAGAGACUCCUGCGUUACGCCAAGCAACAUCGAUUUCAGGACUGGGACACUAUCGCAGUGAGACUACAAACGAAUCGUAGUGCUUAUCAGUGUUUCAUCAGGUACAAUACUAUCAAGAGCGUGCCAUCUGCUGGACGUACCUGGAGCAAGGCGGAGGACAAGCAUCUCGUGAAGGUUGUAAAUACCCUCAAGAUCGGGGACUACAUUCCCUGGUCUCAAAUCGCGAGUUACCUGUGCCAUAGAACCAAGCAGCAGAUUUAUACACGAUGGACGUACAGGAAAGCACCGCACCUGAGGAAGGGCAGAUUCACGCAGGCGGAGACGGAGACUCUGCUGAAGGCGAUGAACACGUACGGCAGGGAUUUCUCGAAAAUUUCAAACGCUAUAAUGCCGAGUCGUACUCCUGUACAACUCAGCGAACAUUACUACACACUGAAAAAAAAUCAGAACGGUGCGAAUGUAUGGACAAUCGAUGAUGACAUGAAACUGAUUCAGUUGCAUAAAAAGUAUGGUAACGAUUGGUCCAGGAUCCAGAACACGCAUUUCGUGCACAAAACCAGAACGCAAGUGAGGCAUCGGUUUAACGCGUUAGUAAGAUACAUAAAGAAAGGCAUCAGUAUCGAGUGCAUACCUAGGCAAUACCCCUCUUCGUAUAAUAUAAAGAAAAAUACACCCAUUAAUAAUAAGUUGCUGUUGAAAUAUCAUGAUAAAAAUACACUGACUCUUGAGAAAAUCCCUGCAACAAUAACUACCACCGAUAUUCAGUUAAAAUUAUAUGAAACACUUUCGUUUCCACCUUCGACGAAAACUACCAAUUCUCAGGAUGAACUUUAUAACUUGGGACAGCUUGCAUGUGAAACUAAAAAGUUAUACAAUGUGUUGAAGUUGCUUGACCUUAAUCUUGAUAUUCCAUAUAAUUUUCUAAAAUAUAUACACGUAAGUAGAAAGGACAAACAGCUUCUAAUUUCUCUAAAAGAAUAUAUUAAUGAAAGAACCAACAGGAUCCAAAAUGGUGAAAUAGUAGAAAAUCUUAAAUUACGAAUGUUUGGCAAGAGCCAAAGUGUUGGUGAAAAUUCUCGCUUUAUACCACCAGUUCCAUUUUGUGGGCAUACACGUAAAAGAAAAGCAAAUAACAAAAUGCAGCAGUGUAUAGACUGCGUUAUCAAUCUUAAUCAAAACUUUAUUAUUGAUGCGCUUACGGAAUUUCCGAAAACUCCCGCUAUAGAGCCUUUUAUCAGUAUCGAGGAGAAAGAUCAGUUUGAUAAAUUUAGUCAACUCUUAACAAACAAUUGUUACGAUUAUGAGAGGGAGAUCAUAAAUUUGGAUGAAUUAGAGUACAGUUCCUUUUUCAAUAAAAGAGACAUAAAAUACUGCACACAAAUAGAACAAUCAAGUAACUUGCAAAAAGCUACGGAACACGUCAAGGAAGAUAAUAGGAAAAUGUGUACGUCCAACAAUGGAAUCUUACCAAAUCGAGCAACUUUAUUAGGUUUCAAGAACUUGCUUCUGUGGAAACUGUUGUACGAGUAUCAAAUUAAAUCUGGCGAAUCGUCGAGUUUCAUGGAAGAUAGUCAGAAAUCAGAGGAAACAGUGAUAAUUGAUUCGGAAGAAAGUAAUGAAUAUAAAAGAGCAUACAAGUUGCUACGAACUCGCCUGUAUCAAUUGUUUAAAUUUCCGAUAGGUUUGUCGAAUACCAUGUUGGAGAUGUGUGAUCCAGAUACAACAGUUUUAGAAACGGUAGACAAAACGGCAAAGCAAACAACAAAAGAAGUUUCAAGGAAGAGAAAAUAUGAAGAUGUUAAUCCCGUGUUCCUCGCGGAAUCGAACAAAGAAGCUAAAGUUAAUAUCCUUGCUGACAGCAAUUGUCAACAGAAUACAAAUACUAAAACUAUAGAUCUUCCUAUGGUACGUAGCAGUAAAAGAAUUUCCAAGAAAUACAAAAUUAUCGCAAAAUGAUAUUUCAUAUAUGUGUGUAUACCUAUAUAUAUAUAUACACAUAAAAUUCGCUCAAUGGAAACUUAAAAGAAAUACUAAAAAGUAUUUUAUUUAUUCGAAAAUAUAUCACAUGUAUCUCUCUUCCUUUUUGUAUUAAAAAAGAAAUGCAUAUGAAAUUAGUUCUUUUAUUAAUUAUAAAUAUAAUCUUCUGAAAAUAAUUCAUAUAUAAUGCAUUACAUAACUGUGAUUUUUAGAGAGAUAAUGGUCAGAGAAGUUUAGUACAUUUAUAUAAGUAUGUAUGUGUUAUGUGUGUGUAUAUAUACGUGUAUCAUGCGCAUAUAUGAACAAGUAUUUAAUAGAACUAUAAAUAGCAUUUAUAUUAUUAGUUAUAUAUAUAGGAUAUUAUAAGAAAGCUAAGUAUAUAAAAAAGACAAACGCAAUUAUUUAUGUAAAAUAUUUUACGUAUCAAAGUAUGUACCUCUGUCUUUUCCUUCUUUAAUUUUUUUCUCAUUUAUGAUGGUCGUACUUUUUCUUUAUUUCAUUAUAAAUGCUUCAUGCUACGCAUCAUUUUCAGAACUAGAGCAAAACAGCAAUGAUGCUACAGUAAUAUUUACGAAA